UCGGGCCGACAUCGAUGCGGCAGGUAGGAAUGACUUCACUCCGGACUAUACAUGUCCGCUAACAUAUACUUCGGAUGACAGCCAGGACUAGACAAGAUCUAACACUGGUCGUACCUCAAGAUUGCAGGACUACACAUACCGGAAAGUUUACGUCAUGUCUAGCCUACCAGACAACAUCCGUAGGACACUCGAAGUCCUACUUCCCAAGAUCAAGUCGCAACAUCAGGAGUCAUCAAAACCCAUCAUACUCGGUAUCACUGGCCUGCAAGGAUCAGGAAAAUCGACGUGGGCAUCAGAGCUAGUCAAGAUUCUGUCGGAAGACCAUGGUCUCCAUACGAUAACUGUUUCACUGGACGAUUUCUACAAGACACAUGACGAGCUAGUAGCUCAGCGGGAUCGUGAUCCUGAAAACAAGCUUUACCGUACCCGUGGCCAGCCUGGUACACAUGAUGAGCAGCUAGCUCAAAAGUUCUUCGAUGAUCUGAAAGAGUACACCGGGAAAGGCGACCUCAAGAUACCGAGUUUCGACAAGAGCAGAUACAACGGCGAGGGUGACCGAGCACCAGAGUCAGAAUGGCCAAAGAUAUCGCAAAGACCUGAUGUUGUCGUCUUUGAAGGCUGGUGCGUUGGCUUCCAGCCAGUUCCGGAGUCUUUCGUCGAAGAACGACACUCUUUGGCAAAAGCCGGAAAGCUCACAGUCAAUACCCCUGCGAAUCAUCAGCUUCCCCAUUUGUUCGAAGUGAACGAGAACCUAAAGCGCUACUGCGAUGCGUUCAUGGGACCUCAAAGCUUUGACUUCUUCAUUCAUAUUGAUACGGAUGAUCUGAAGAACGUGUACACGUGGCGGCUGCAACAAGAGCAUAAGCUGAUUGAGGCGAAGGGUUCAGGUAUGUCGGAUGACCAGGUUCGGGCCUUCAUCGAUGGGUAUAUGCCGAGUUAUGAGAUAUAUCUAGAGCGACUACGCGAAGGGCUGUUCGGUGACAAAGGGAGGAUGGUGAGGGUGCUGUUGGAUAAAGAACGACGAGUUGAGAGGAUUGAGGAGUUAUGAGAAGACAUGUGUGCAUAUACCGAUGUCCAACCACUCGUGGGCAACGAUGGUAGAAGAUGAGAGGGGAUAGUGGAACAGUAGAACUGGGAAGCUGAAGCACAACCAAUAUAAUGAGAUGGGUAUGUUUGCUGAAUGUCUCAUGGUGAAAGUGAGUAUGCAGAUAUCGCGAAUUUCCCUUCACCACGCGUAGUUCUAUGUCUUACUAGCACAAACGCAUUUGCCAAACAAACACUCCACAG